UUUACAACAACAAAUGAUUUCUUUUCAGUUUGCCUUUAUUGUAAAACUGAUACAAACAAUGAACUUCUGUGUGGUAACAUAAUUAAAAAGAAUGGAAUUGAGAUGCAUUAUUAUUGUAUGUUGUUUUCAUGUGGUUUAGCUCAACAGGAAGACAUAGAAGAAGGAAUUAUUGGUUUUAGACUUUCUGAUAUUCAACAAGAAUAUCGACGUGGGAGACGUCUGAAAUGCUCUUACUGCAAAAAGGUUGGUGGGACCAUAGGGUGUUAUCAUAAUACAUGCAGAAAAUCAUUUCAUUUACCAUGUGGCUUGAAAAAUAAUUCUUUACAUCAGUUUUUUGGAGUAUUUAAAUCAUAUUGUGAAAAGCAUCGACCUGUGCAACCAGUUCCUCCUGAAGAACAAAGUGAUAAACUAACAUUAUGUCCUAUUUGUCUUGAUAACGUUGAAAGUAAAGUAACUUAUAAUACUUUGCGGGCAAAUUGCUGUAAAACUAGUUGGUUUCAUCGAAGUUGUCUUCAAAAACAAGCAUUAAGUGCAGGAUAUUUCUUCAGAUGUCCACUAUGCAAUAACUGUGAUGAAUUUAAAUCUGAAAUGAAAACUUAUGGAAUUUAUAUACCAGAAAAAGAUGCAGCUUGGGAAUUGGAACAAAAUGCUUAUAGAGAAUUGUUAUUUAGAUAUUCACAAUGUGAUGCUUCAUUGUGUCUUUGUCCAAAGGGGAGAAAAUUUAAAAGUAAAAAUCAGUGGAAUGUCAUUUUAUGUAAUACUUGUGGUUCAAAAGGAUGUCAUAGAAGAUGUGGAAUGAUAAAUGAUUCCGUCAUGGAAUGGGAAUGUGACGACUGUCAGUCAGUGAGGACUCUAGUUCCUACAUCUGAAAAGAGAAAACAAGAAUCACAGGGUAGAUUGGAAUCUGAAAAAAAGAGAAAACUGAUGAAAUUUUCAUCAUUGCACAAUAACAAAGAAAAUUCAUUAGAUAAAAAUAAGAUGACAAAAAAAUUAAAUAAUGCAUUGCAACUUUGUAUCGAAGAGACUGGAUUGGAUAACUCUCAAAUGAAUUUUCUUGAAAACCUUCAAAGGGCCACCAGAAAUUCCUCCAGUAAUGGAAAUUGUUUGCCUCUGUUGUCAAACAAUCAAAUGAAGAGGAGACAAAAUACUAGACGCAGACAUUCAAUUCAAGUGGAAAGGAAUGGCCACAGCACAAUAAAGAAGCCAACUCUCAGUCAAAAUUCCAAGAUCACCAGAGUAAAGUCUAAAUCUUUCUCCCCAAAAUGCUGUUCUGACUGUAAAAAUUCAAAGAACUGCAUAAAAUAUCUGAUUGGUUGCCUUCAACCAAUUUCUGUCCAUAACAAAAGUUCUUCCAGUUGUUCCUUAAGUUAGACAUUUGUAGAUAAAUUAAAAUAAGACAUCAACUACGAGACUUUUUUUUUUUAACUUUCAAUGUUGAUAGUUAUAAAAUGUAUAUGAAAUUUGAAAUUAUUUUCCAAAACAGCUAGAAACUACUCAUGUAAGAAUACAUUUUCAGUAUUAUGUUGAGGAAGUUUAAGUUUUAUUUCAUAUACAAUAAUACUUACAAAAAACUGGGUGAUUUUAUAAUUGUUAAAAAAGAUGAAAUUAAAUAUAUUGUUAUUGCAUAUUUUCAUUACUAAUUUAAUCAUCUAAAAACAGUAUUGUCAAUUAUUAUUCAAUAAUUGCUUGUUUAGAAUAAACCCAGGAGGACAUCAGAAAAUUUGUUAAUUUAUAUAUCAUAAUAAACUUGCGUAAUAAUUUCCUCUUACUUUUUGAAAGUGUAAAAUUUUUAUAAAAUAUGAAUUAUUUU